AUGAGUUUGUUUCAGGGAGCGACUGUUGACGUUGAAUGCCAAAGGAAGUCAGCUUGCAGCAUGUACAAGCAAAAGCAAACAAAACAAGGACUUUGCCUAAGUCACAAGCCACAACUGACAGAAGACAUGCAAAGAGAAAAAGAGCACAAAGAUGUGAAGGACUUUAUUUACACCCUGGAUGAAAAGAUGAUAAGGAAGUUAGCCAUUCGUAGUCUUCGUAGAGGGAUUGGAAGCAUGGACUAUAUCGAUAGUUUACUCAUUAUGGAGGAUGAUUUGGAUGACGAAGAUGAAAAUGAUAGUAGGAUGGGUGAGUUUGGAGAACCAUCAGAACAUGUAGGCCCAAAUGUUGAUGAGAUGCAUGGUUCUAGAGAUACUGCACCUUCAAGUUUAGACCCAUCCCACGAUAGCAACUCACCUGCAGAAGUACCAGACUGGUGCAAAUGUAGGCAAUGUAGACCAAUGCCACAAGAAGUGGAGAAUAAGUGCUGUGGUCAAAAAAAGUGUAUAGCCCAGUCUUCAAGAUUUACCAAGUUAUGCCUCGAUGUGUUGGAACUCUGUAUUCGAAAUACUGGAGACAUUAGGAAUGACAGGGAGGACACAAGCACAAGGGCAUUCAGGAAAGCUGCCUACAGACAGUUCAUAUUAGCACGAUAUGGCUACUUAGGAAAGGGAAACAGACGUGUUUGUCCAUCUUGUGUUGUGCUGAAGAUAAAGGAACGAUAUCCCUCUGUAACUGGGAUAUAUAUGGGAUAUAGAGAUCGUUAA